AUGUUAUUGAAGGGCUUGGAGCAAUGCGAGUUCACUGCCCCAAAACCUCACUUCAUGCAAAUGCUUUUCCGCAUAGAGUUGGAAGUCUUUGGAGGAGACUCACUGAGGCUGCCCACUGUUCCAGAACUGGCUGGUAGGCUCAGUGAUCAGAGAAGCCGAGCAGGGAGCGCUCGUCCUGCUCUCCCUCUGCUCACGCCACUCGCUGGGAGCAGGCGAAGAAACAGAGACACUGGAGAGGAGACAAAUCUUCACAAGCAAGCCAGCAAUUUGGUGAUACAUCACAGGACUCGCACCAGGGAGAAAGUGCGUGAAUGUCCAGUUUGUGGGGAAAAAUUCGUUAGAAACUCCCAUCUCAUAAGUCACCAGAGGACUCACACAGGAGAGAAACCCUUUAAAUAUCUGGAGUGUGGGAAAAGUUUCAGUCAGAAUUCCCACCUGAUGACACACCAGAGGACUCACACAGGCAAGAAGCUGUAUCAGUGUCCAGAUUGUGGGAAAAGUUUCAGUAGCAGUUCUAAGCAGAUGAAACAUCAGAGGACACAUACAGGAGAUAAACGAUAUGAGUGUCCAGAGUGUGGGAAAAGUUUCAGUCAGAAUUCCCGAUUUGUGACACACCAGAGGACUCACACAGGAGAGAAACUGUAUGAGUGUCCAGACAGUGGAAAACGUUUCAGUCAGAAUUCCAGCAUGGUGGUAUACCAGAGGACUCAUAACAAGGAAAACCCGUAUAAAUGUCCUGAGUGUGGGAAAAAAUUCAUGUAUAAUUCCAGCCUGGUAAUCCACCAGAGGACUCACACAGGAGAAAAACCAUACGAGUGUCCAGAGUGUGGAAAAAGUUUCAGUAAGAAUUCCAGCCUAGUGACACACCAGAGGACUCACACAGGAGAAAAACCGUAUGAGUGUCCAGACUGUGGGAAAAGUUUCAGUAAGAAUUCCAGCCUAGUGACACACCAGAGGACUCACACAGGAGAGAAACCUUAUAAGUGUCCAGAGUGUAGCAAAAGUUUCAGUCAGAAUUCCCACCUGGUAACCCAUCAGAGGAUUCAUAUAGGAGAGAAACUGUAUGAUUGUCCUGACUGUGGGAAAAGGUUUAGUCAGAAUUCCAGCCUAGUGACACACCAGAGGACUCACACAGGAGAAAAACCGUAUCAGUGUCCAGAAUGUGGGAAAAGGUUUAGUCAGAAUUCCAGCCUGGUGACACACCAGAGGACUCACACAGGAGAAAAACCGUAUCAGUGUCCAGAAUGUGGGAAAAGGUUUAGUCAGAAUUCCAACCUGGUGAUACACCAGAAAACUCACAAGUAGACAAAUGACAUGAGAUUCUAAAGUGCGGGGAAACUCAGCAUUCUAAGCUGCUGAAACACCACUGGAGAGAAACCAUAAGUCUCCAGUGUGUGGAAUAAGUUUCACUCAUAAUUCUAACUUGGUGAUAGACUAGGGGACUCACCUCAGGGAGAAACUGUAUUAAUGUCCUGAUUAUGGGAAUUGUUUCACACGAAAUUCCAACCUGAUGAUACACCAGUGGAUUCACAGGGGUUGGCAAUCAUAUGAGUGUUCAGAGUGUGCGAGAAGUUUCAGUCAGAAUUCUGACCUGUUGGUAACACCAGAGGAGUGGUCCCCAACCUUUGCAACUUGGCGGCCCGGCGCUGGGGAGAGAGGAACCAGGACCUGCGAUUGGUGAGCUGGCACAUGUGUGUGCGCGCACACCUUCACUCGUGCAAGAGAGAAGUGAAGCCUUUGGGGUGUAGUUUUGUGUUCCUUCAGGCUUCUCACCCAAAGCUUUUGCAAAGGGAUUAAAACCCUUAAGCAACAUGAGGUCACUCCCCCGAAGCCUUCCGUCCAUUUGCAAGAGCUUUUAGCGUGGAGAAGAGAAGCCUCUGGGCGUACAGCCUCGGGCUCCUUCAGGCUCACCAAGUCUGCCAGACACUCCAAAAGCGGAUCCAGUUUCCUGAGCAGGCAGCUCCAGUGACUCAGCGAAGCUGAGCAGGGGGUGCUUGUCUCAUUCAGUUUUUCUUACCGCUCUGCUUUUGGAGCAUCAGGAGGAAGAAGUUUAGUAGAUGAGUAGAUGAGGCAAAAGUAGCUGAAUUUAGAGAAGGCUUGAAUUUCAUUUCUGAUUUCCCAUUGGGAGUGUAGGUGAGAAAUGGACUCUUUGAAUUCUGGCCUAAUGCUUUUUAGUCAACACAUCUCAAGAUUAGACCUAUAAUUGGAGAGAAAAAAAUGGAAAAUGUUACUUUGAUAAAGGCUAACUACCUGUUUCCUUUUGGAGAAGUUGUGGAAUUCCUCAAAAAGGCUUUUGGGUGGGGUUUUUUUGUAUAUUGAUUAUGGAAUUCCCACAGGUGGAGUUUCCAGCUUCUACCUAAGUGUCCUUCAGAUUUUGAGCACCACAAUUCCCCAGCCACCAUACAAGCUGACUCUAGUGGGGCCUGCCAAUUAUGGUUGUAUGUUGCAACGACCAUUAAACGAGACUGCUUUGCUUAACUAACCCCACCCGUUCUCCUCCUGAUAAAGCUGUUAAACAAAUAUGCAAGUUGUUCAGCAGAAAAAUGACUAUCAGAGUUGGAGGCAUAGCGCAGUCCCAGGCUUUCAUUCCAAAAUCCAUCUCUACCCCUCUGUGGGGUCCUCCCCCCUCUGCCCUUGGGGGUCCCAACAGGCUUUUUUACUCCCGCUUGGUCCCUGCAGUCCUUAGGCCUGACUCCCACCCCAACAGGCCUCACAGACGACAACUCCUUACCUUGUUGGGGAAAAUGGGCAAGCCACUCAUCCCAGGGUGGUAUGACUGUGUUGUGGAAGCAACUGCUAUUUUCAGUGUGCCCAGUAUUCAUCCCUGCGCCAUGCAGUGGACUUGUGGAAGCAGCUGCCAUUUUGACACAACUGCCUCGGGGCCAAAAUGUCAGCUGCUUUUGGGUAAUUGUAAUAUUGGAGAGGGAGAAACUGCUCUGUUUUGCUACCUUAACACUGUGCAGACCACCGUAAAGAAUUCUGGGUGCACUGAAAAUGACAGCUGCCCCCAGGAGAUCUUCAAAAUGCAAGUGUACGACGGGUGACGGGUGUGGGGAGUUGGCCCAAGGCCCAGUGAAAAAAAGCAGUAUAAAAUUUCACAUGUAGAGGCUGUUCUGCCUUGCAGAUGAACCUGAUGGAGAAGACCUGUAGGAAUAUUGAGUUGAGGAGAAAAGGAAUCAUGGUUUUGAUUACAGCAUCUCCAGGUUUAUUAGCAACUCCUGCUAGGAACUCUUUUUCUUGGAAGUGCCCAAUUGUUACCCUUUGAUGGCUGCUGGGUGGUAGCAGCACCAUAUUCCUGUCGUAUUUGUUGCAUCUCCCUUGGUGGUGGCAAUUUGAGAAAAAAUUGUAGACUGGAAAAUGUUUCAAUUUUAAAAACGCAUUAAGAAUUUUCAGUAGCUUUUGACAAGGGAAAAAACGGGUAUUGUCAGUGUUGCUAUGAACAUUAGGGCAAGGCAAGACGCUCAGAGUCACCUCAAACUGCGAGAUGUGCAACAAGUUUUAAUAACAAAUAAAUUUAAGAAUAAAAAGGCAACAUAAA